AGAUCACUCAGAGAAAGGGGAGACCGCAGGAGCAGUUUCCACCGACGGAGUUUCGGAUUCCCGGAAAGAAAAGAGAAAGACGGAGCGGAGAGUGGGAAUUUGAUUGAAUUCAGGUGCAAAUAACGUGGACCCCGUUUUCAAGAGCAAAGCCGAAGAGCCAAGCCAGUAUUCGUUGACUCCUCGGUGCGGUUACAUCGGCCAACAGUUCCAUAUCAAAUAGGUACAUCCACUUACAUCUGCCCACAUGACCAUAAAACAGACAGUUCAGUGUUAAUCUACAUUUAAAGGGUGCUUCACCAUGAAACAUAUCUUUAUAUGGGUUCUAUCUGCAUACUGUUUAGCAUCUUUAGCUCAAAAUGUACCUGAAACCAGUGACCAAAAAGACUUUCUCAACCAAAACAUCCACGGUACCGUCAUUCAAACAGAAGUCAAUUCUUUAGGGGAUGUCCAAGGUAAAAACUUUGAAAAUUUUCCUGCUAAAUUCAAUGUAGAUGGCAGUCAAUAUCCUGAACCGUACAAUAUAGAGUAUAAGUACCACAAUUAUGAAAAGAUGACUUCCUUUCUUAGACAGACGACUGCAAGAUAUCCAGAGCUGACUGCUCUUUAUUCUAUUGGUAAAUCUGUCCAAGGUAGAGACCUAUGGGUGAUGGUGGUAUCAGCAUCUCCAUAUGAACAUAUGAUUGGUAAGCCUGAUGUAAAAUAUAUUGCUAAUAUGCAUGGAAAUGAAGCUGUGAGUAGAGAACUCAUGCUGCAAUUGAUACAUUAUCUAGUAACAAAUUAUUCGUCAGAUUCCUAUAUACGCUGGUUGCUAGAUAAUACCAGGAUUCAUAUAAUGCCGUCGAUGAAUCCUGAUGGAUUUGAGGUUUCAAAAGAAGGCAAUUGUGAUGGAAGUCAAGGAAGGUACAACGCAAGAGGUUUUGAUUUAAACCGUAAUUUCCCAGACUAUUUCAAGCAAAAUAACAAAAGAACUCAGCCGGAAACCGAAGCCGUCAAGGAGUGGAUCUCAAAGAUUCAGUUCGUUCUCAGCGGAAGUUUGCAUGGAGGAGCACUGGUAGCAAGUUAUCCAUUUGAUAGUACUCCCAAUUCUCGAAUAUGUAGAUCUUCAGCUCUAUGUUCUUUAUUUCAGAGCUUUUCAACGCCAUCUCUAACGCCAGAUGACGAUGUGUUCAAGCAUUUAGCAAUUAGCUAUGCUACUAAUCAUGGUAAAAUGAGCAGAGGAGUUUCGUGUAAAACUUCACGUACUGCGUUUAGAAGGGGAAUUACCAAUGGAGCUGAAUGGUAUCCGUUAACUGGAGGUAUGCAAGACUACAAUUACGUCUGGUACGGAUGUAUGGAAGUAACCCUAGAAGUAUCGUGUUGUAAAUAUCCUCCUGCGCAUGAAUUACCCAAAUACUGGGAAGAUAAUAAACAGGCACUUAUAAAGUUUUUGGCAGAAGCACAUCGAGGUGUUCAUGGCUUCGUCAUGGAUGAAAGUGGAAACCCGUUAGGAAAAGCUUCUUUGAAGAUUAAAGCUAGGGACGUUGGUUUCCAAACCACCAAAUAUGGAGAGUUUUGGAGGAUAUUACUGCCAGGAGUAUACAAGAUGGAGGUUUACGCUGACGGCUACAUUCCCAAAGAAGUAGAAUUUAUGGUAGUUGAACAACAUCCAACUUUGUUAAACGUAACUUUACAUGGUGCUAAGAGGAAAGAAGGCCACUACCAACCCUCCCCUCCAUUACAUAGGCCAGUGUUUCAACCCCAAGCAGAAGAAUCUGGCAUUCUAACCUCAAUCUCCCACGGAUUCACAAAUUUAGUAAAUUACUUCGGAUAGUAAUAAUCGUACUGCAAUAAAAUAUAACAUAGAAAGAUUAAUAGAAAUAGGUGGUGUACAAAAUCACCUACUUUUUAGAUAUCUUUAAAAGUAGGUUAAGUUAAUUUAUUUAUUGUUUUUUAUUUAUAUGCACUGUUUUCAAAGUUAAUACACGUUGUUACAUGUGA